GAUCCAUCGAUGAUGGUGCUGAGUAAUUCCAGCUGGAGGCUACUCCAGCCUUCUUUUUUCCUGGUCGGCAUCCCAGGUCUGGAGGAAAGCCAGCACUGGAUAGCGUUGCCAUUGUGUGUCCUCUACCUCCUCGCUGUUGUGGGCAAUAUCACUAUCCUCUUCAUCAUCUGGACAGACUCAUCCUUGCACCAGCCGAUGUACCUUUUCCUGGCCAUGCUAGCUGGCAUUGACCUGGUCCUGGCCUCCUCCACUGGCCCCAAAACCCUGGCAGUACUCCUGGUUCAUGACCACGAGAUCGGGUACACUGUCUGCCUCAUCCAGAUGUUCUUCAUCCACGCAUUCUCAUCCAUGGAGUCAGGUAUACUUGUGGCCAUGGCUCUGGAUCGCUACGUAGCCAUAUGUUAUCCUCUGCACCAUUCCACAAUCCUGUAUCCAGGACUCAUCGGGCGCAUUGGAAUCGCAGUGCUGGUGCGGGGAUUACUCCUUCUAUUCCCCUUCCCCAUCCUGUUGCAGAGACUUACCUUCUGCCGGACCACGGUCAUAGGCCAUGCCUAUUGUGAACAUAUGGCUGUGGUAAAACUUGCCUGCUCAGAUACCACAGUGAACCGAGCUUAUGGGCUGGCGGUGGCAGUAUUUGUGGUUGGGUUGGAUGUCCUGGCCAUUAGCAUUUCCUAUGCCCUCAUCCUCCAGGCAGUGCUGAAGGUCCCAGGGGGUGAGGCCCGUCUUAAAGCCUUUAGCACUUGUGGGUCUCAUAUUUGUGUCAUCCUGAUCUUCUAUGUUCCUGGAAUGUUCUCCUUCCUCACUCAUCGCUUUGGCCGCCAUGUGCCUCAUCACAUCCAUGUUCUUCUGGCCACGCUGUACCUCCUUGUGCCACCUUCUCUUAACCCUCUUGUCUAUGGGGUGAAAACUCGCCAGAUCCGCGAACAAGUGCUCAGGGUAUUCUACACAAAAAGAUAG